AUGGCGAAGAUGGUUUAUAGACCUGAUUUAAAAUGGAGCAAUGAUUACAAAGGUCAUGACCCCAAAAGAGGAAGGGUGCCUAUGAGAGCUUUCAUAGCUUACCAGAUUCAGGAAAGAGGACCUUUAUUGGAUACAUUGUUAAAAGGUGGAAGAUUGUUCCAACAGUUUUUAGUAGAUUCUUACGCAACACUUGAAGAAGAUCGAUUGGAUUACAUUAGAAAAAAUCAAACAAAUUUGAGAAGUGAGAUUUAUAAAGGUAUUUAUGAUGCAAUUUCAAAGGGUGAUAGUGAUGCCAAUAAUGUGGGACAAAAAGUGAUAUUGCCUAGCUCAUAUACUGGAAGUACUAGAUACAUGCUUAAUAACUAUCAAGAUGCUAUGGCAAUUUGUAGGCAUUAUGGUAAUCCUGAUUUGUUUAUAACUUUCACAUGCAAUGUCAAAUGGCCUGAAAUUGUUAGAGAACUUGACAACAAGCCUGGAUACAAAGGAGAGGAUAGACCUGAUCUAAUUUCUAGAGUGUUUAAAAUGAAGCUUGAUGAUAUGAUCAAUUAUAUCAAAUCAGGAAAAGUUUUUGGAGAAGUUGAGGCAAAGGUUUAUAAAUGCUUCUCAGCAGUAGAUAUAGAUUCUAUCAUUUGUGCUGAAUUACCAGACAAGGAUGUGGAUCCUAUGCUUUAUGACGUUGUAAACCAAUUCAUGAUCCACGGUCCGUGCGGAGAAAUCAAUCGUAAUUCUCCAUGCAUGCGGGGAGGCGCCGUGAAGAUCCAACAAAAUUUGUGUUAA